UUUAAUAUUCUAUGCAAUAUUUAAUUGAAUUAUAAAGUGGAAACAUGGAUGGUCGUUCUAAACUUGCAUUUACUUUUAUUUUUUCCAGGUUUUCUUCUUCAUCACAUGGUCUAUCACAUCCCAAGCCUUGAUCCUAGAGGUUCUUUGCUUUAUCCAUCGUAUUUGACUUUUUGGGUGAUGGACUCGAUCUCAAAAACAAUCUACUUUUUAAUAUGCUUAAAAUUUUGACAAUUUCUACUCUCUGAUACAACCAUUGGCAUAGCUUUUGGGGGAAGAAAUGAUGCUAUAUUCUAUGAUAAUCAUAUGUUUCAACUAUGUAUAUCUUUUCAGCUCAAGUAGUUGUAUUGUUUUGAGUGGUUGUUCGAAGAUUUUUCAUGGAUUUUGCAAAGUUAGAAGUGUUUAGAUCAGAGGACUUAAAAGCGUGCACCAACAAUUUCAACAUCAAAAGCCUCGUUGGAGUAAUUCAAUUUGGCAAAUUAUAUAGAGGAAAGAUUAAAGGAGUCAAGACUGGAACAGAAGGUCAAGAUGUAAUGGUAAAGAUAUGGGAUAAGAAAUCCGAAAACAUGGAUUUCCUCCCAUAUGAUGAGUGUUUGAUGGUUAAAGAAGAAGUUGAAAUUUUAACAAAUCCAAUUACGAACAGUCAUCCCAACUUGGCAAAACUGAUUGGUUAUUGCCUUGAAGAAGAAAUAAAGGGUGUUGUUUAUGACCUCAGUCCACUAGAUAGUUUGCAGAACCUAAUGCCUGCCGCUGUUAGAGCGUCUGCUCAAGAGUCACGGGGAUUUCACCAGUGGCUUCAGGGGAGGCAUUUUUCUGGGCAAUAUUUUGAUGGAGUUGCUGUGUGCUGUGCUGGUUUCCCUGAGGAAUUCUUCUGUAGAUUCUUUGUCUGA